CGUUGUCGGUUUGCUGAUACGAAAUUGCUUUCUUUGCUUCCCAGCAUUUUUGCAGACCUUGCAUACGUCUGUUUACCGUGCGUCAAAUAAGAAUAAAUACCACUAAUUGAGAUUUCAGCACUUUUCGAUAUUGAAAGGUUUAUUGUGGGUACUUCAUUUGUCACUUAAAUCACGUUUUGUCCCCAUGCUAUACUGUUGGCGUUAGUAGGCCGGUGUGAUUGUUUAUUCGGUUUAUCUUGGGUAAAAGACGUAAUUUCUUCUAGUUAACGUAUUCACUUGGUUCUCAUAGACAUCCUAAUCUGCAUAAAAACUCAGAAAAAUGUUAGAAGUUGUGAAGUCUGUGGUAUGUAAGCGGUGUCACCUGCCAUGUUCAGUUGCGCCAGUAAGCAAAGGCCCAGACACUGAGGAUAUUAAGGUCAGCAAGGAAGACAGGAUAAAAUCAAAAGCAACAUUAGUGUUGACUAUCUCUGAUGCAAGCAAAUGGGAGAUACUACAGACCAAGCGGUCGCCGUUGUCCUUUGUGUGCAAUCUGCCAUGGAAGAUAUUCGCGCGGCUGUACAGCAAAAACGAUGAGAAGAUGCUCCAGGUGUUCGUAGAAUGCAAUACAGAGAGCGAGUGCAGCUCGUGGUCCUGCAGUGCAGAUGUCAAUGUGCGAUUGCUGACCGUGCGACCAGGUGGUAAGGACAUUACGAGAGAUUACAAACACUUGUUCUGUCUGAAGGAGUACAACUGGGGCUAUACGGAAUUCAAGACCUGGAACGACGUACUUAACCCAGAGAAGGGAUACAUCAAAGACGACAUAAUCACCUUAGAGGCCGUUGUGGAGGCUGAUCCGCCGCAGGGCAUCAGUUGGAGCAGCGACCAGUACAUAGGUAACUACUUUUGUGGCCGUUGUCGUCCUAAAGCAGAACCACACACACCAUUUGAGAUAGUAGCCAAGAAAAUAUUUUUCCCGUGUAGCUUUGGCUGCUCAGAUCUGCUAGCAUGGGGGCAGGUACUGGACCAUGAAAUCGUCUGCAAGAAAAGAACCUUAAUUUGCCCUUUUCCGACUUGCUAUUCUACUACACAACUGAGUCUAUUACGAGAUCAUAUAAAAGUUCAACAUCCAUUAUUUUAUCAAGAUACCCGUCAACAAAUACAGCUGGUUCUGAGUUCAUCGACUCCCAUGACACGUCUGCAUGGCAUACGUGACGGAGACUACACUUUUUUAUUUUUUAUAAAGUUCGAACUUAUCGCAAAUAAUCAAUAUUGUUGUAAUUUUAACAUAUGUCUAGUAUGGCCACAAUACAUUCAUGAAACAGAGUUGGAUGAUGUGAAAUGUAGAGUUGAAUUAAGCAUUCCCGCUGAAAAUGUGAAAAUAAUUAAGUUAAUAUUCGGCAGAGAUAUAGAAAUGUACAAUGACAGACAACAUUGUCUUAGUUGUUUGUACCAAAAUUGUGAUAAGAUGUUUCACGAGAAUACAUUUGACUGGAUAACUGAGAAAGUGAUAGUAUACACCAAAUCGUCUGUAAAAAGCAAUGUAUUCUAUAGCAUUGCACCGUACAAACAGGAGCGAGUUACCUACCUCGCGCCAGAGAAUCUGGAAUGUCCAGUUUGCUUCGAGUACAUGACGGAUCAAAUUAUCAAUUGUGCGAAUGGCCAUUCCUUUUGUCAGAACUGUAAAGCAUCCAUUGAAAACUGUCCUAUUUGUAGAACCACUUUAUCAGAUUCGAGAAACUAUGCAUUAGAAAAGUUAGUGAAGUCGCUAAAAAUAGCUUGUCGCAGAAGCACAACAGGUUGCGCGUUUGUCGGAACAGUUAAUCGCGUGAAAGUACAUGAAAAAUCAUGCAAAGAGCCAUAAUUAAGGCAUAAGACUAGAAUUGACUAUGUUUACCAUGUAGCAACAGAUAAGUUAGUGUUAUAUUCUUUUUUAGUAUUUAAGCCUACUGAAUUAUAUUUUAGCUUUAUAUUACUUAUAUACUAGACGUUAGGCCUCAACUUUGCUAUUUUCUAGAAUCAAUGCUUCUUGUUUAAAUAGUUUUUACAUUUUUAUUCGAGUUUUCUAACUUACUAAUACGCCGAAUGUUAACCUUAAGUUUGCUACUUUCCAAAAUAAACGGUUUAUUUUAAAAAA